AGUGUACUUAAAUUCCUUAUCGCGCUAACACGUCGCUGCUGUAAUCGCCCUAAGUACCUUAAAAUAUAGAUAUUUCCAAAUUUCAAAAGUGGUGUUGUAUACGUCGUCGUUCGGACCAUCUACUGUGAAAGUUUCGAGAAAAUCAGAGCACGCUUUCUUGGUUAAAACGAGCGGUGUAUCGGGAAAUAUUUCAACAUACAAUUUAUAUCUUUCUAUGUAGGCGAAGCGGCGUUGCCGGUAGAACGCGGAUCGGUGACCCACGUUGCCAUGUCGAAGAGGGCUUUAACGCAAUGUGCUGUGGACCGACUGCUCGUGACAGUUGAAUGCGCAAGCUAGAGUUUCGCAUACGAAGAGACAAACAAGAAAACGAUGAGUCAAGAAAGGAGUAAAAUGCUAACGAGGGACUUGAACAGCAUAAUCACCUGUCGAUUAUGCGAAGGAUAUUUGAUCGAUGCCACUGCGCUGACUGAAUGUUUCCACGUCUUUUGUCGUGGAUGUAUUCUACGUUAUUUCGAAAAUAGUAAGACUGGCUGCCCAACAUGCAACACUGUAUAUAAAAAGAAAUCUCAAGUUUACUUCAGGGCCGACCCCCAAACGCAAUCUCUAGUCUACAAGCUAGUACCCUCUCUGUACGCCAGAGAGAUGCAGAGACGGGAGGACUUCUACCGCAGUACCGGCUUGAGGGCAUCGAGCUCUUGCAGCGACGACAGCGUCAUCGAUAGAGAAAGGGACAUGAUUAACGACCAGGAGGAAAUGAUCUCAAAGUACGUUGGAGACAAGGCACUGUUCCUCAGCCCGGAUGACUCUGUAUCAUUAUCACUGGAAUAUUACCAGGCUCAUCUGGACAUUGAUAAACAAGAAAAGGCGCCAGAAGUGUUGAAAACGCCGGACAAUUCGGAAGUGGUGAAAAAUAAUGCAAACAGUACAAACAGUGAUAACAGUCAGAUAAAUUCUUUAGAAAAAAAUGUAGAGAUAAUUUGUGAUAAAAACAAUAAGACCAGUGACAAGGAGGACAACGUGAAAAAGGAACAGAAGAGCAAAGAUUGUGAUAAAAGGUUUCUUCGGUGCCCUGCAGCAGUUUCCAUGAAACACCUUCAGAAGUUCAUCAGGAUGAAGUUUGGACUCACUGGAGAUCACAGGGUUGAUAUUAUUUACAAAGGAGAAGUUUUGCCAAAGGAUUUCAGCUUGAUGGAUGUUGCAUAUUCUUUCAAAUGGAAAAGGGAGAAGCCGAUGAGAUUUUUCUACCGCAUCUUCACACCUACGAAAGUACGUCCCAUCAAAAUCGUUAACACUAUAUCUUCUGGAGGUGAGAAACAAUUGCAAAUCGUCCCCAUUAAAUCGAUUCCCGAAAAUCAGAAGUCAUCCAAAGAGGAAAAAAUCGAAAGUGUUGAGAACGUAGAGAAAGAUAAAUUAAUUGAUGAAACAGAAGACCAAAAACAAAACAAAGAAAGACUUUUCGCACACUUACAGCUUCAAAGUAAGAGUCAAACUGAAAAAGAAACCAAAAAAGUAUCUGAGAAAAAUAACGAAAGUGUUUUCGAUUAUGAGGAGCCAGAUGAGGAAGAAAUCAAAAAGUUUGCUGAGAAACGAGACAGGGAAUGGGCCUUACAGAAAAAGUUGGAUGAGUCGAAAACUAAAGGAGAGGGCUAUAUUCACGUUAGUAAAAAAAGGAAGAAGAGUAAACACUCUAAAAAUGAAUUCGUACACAAGAAACGUAAAUUACAUGCUGAAAUCGCUUCCAAUGAAGAAGACUUGAAGUUGAAAGUGAAAAUCACUAACAAUGGUUACAAACAUAAACAUCAUAAAAGUUCCGGCCAGUGUUCAGAAAAGUCUCAUUCAUCUGAUACGAGUACUAAAGAAAAACUGCUUCAGAUGAGACAAGUCAGACAUAAGCACACUUCAAACGAAGAUAAAAUUAUUCAGACUGUACCUAUCAUCAAGCUAUCCAAAGAUACUACUAGUACAGAAAAGCUCAAGAUCACUGUCCCUAACAAUGAUCCUGUUUCGGAAUAUAAAGAUCCGAAUGAAGUUCCUCCCAAGUUACCAGCAUAUAUCAAAAAAUUGAAAAUAAAAGUUUCAGAACCAUCUAGUAAAGUCACUGAAUCGGCAGUUAUGCCAAAACAGCAGGCAAUAACUUGCAGUACUAGUCCUAAAAUGGGUACGUUCUUAGAGCCGAGCAGUUCCAAUAGUGGAUUUUCACUGCACUAUCCUAUUGGAAAGGAAAUGGGAAAGAAAAUACCCACGGUGCAGUUGGAACGAAACGAGCAAACGGAAAAACAGGCACAAAAAACAUUUUUUAAGCCUUUUAAUGCUUCAUCCGAUAAACCACAACGAAUUGAAGGGAAAGUCCAACAGAACAAAAUCGAAAACAAAAAAAUCAAACAAUUGAGCUCCUUGGUAACGAAGGCACAGAUACAGAUCACUACCGAGAAUAAAGAAACUGGCAAUAAUACUAAAAACCUGGAAAGACAGAUCGCAACUCUGAAGCAGAAUUGUAGCAUUAAAGCGAGUCUACCUGAAAAGAUCGACAAGCAAAUCACUAUCAACAAAGAUAAAUUGAAAACUACGACCUCCCAUUAUCCACCUGGUUUCACUGUCAGCAAAGUUGAACAUGGCGUGAAACGAAAACUCGAACACACAGAAAAUAACCAAGACAAAAGACCUAGCUUGGAAAUCACCCUCAUAAGCUCACCAACAAAUAGUCCAGUACAAAUGAUUCCGAAAUCAUCAGACAAACCAAUUGCUAAAAGACCACCUCCAGCAACCAUUCCUCUAGAGAAAAUAAAGAAAUGCGUUAACUUGAAGUCAGGCAUUAGUAUCAUACCAAAACGGCCAGAGAAGUGCGACAACAUAGGAGCUCUAGAUCUGUCGAGGACUGGCAAGUCCCCGGAAGGUUCUCAAAGGAGUUCGCCCAAUAUAGGAAAUAACAGUGGAUUGACCAUAACUUCGAAUAGACAGCUGACCUCUCUCGCCAGAACAAAUGAGAAAACCAACAUGGGUCUCUCAAAUCUUCAGAUGUUAUCGAAGGUAGCUACAGAACAUUCGAGCCUGAACAAUAAACCACCCCAAAUGAUGAGCUUGUCUUUGACCAAACCGCGUCCCCAAAUACCCAACCUUCAAACCUUGAAGAUGUCUUCGCCGCAAAACUCCACCAAUAUAAAAUCAUCGAAUCUACAGAAGUUGCCAAAAUUGAACGAAAUACCAAUGAAAUUCAGACCAACGAAUGCCCAAAUCAGGAACUUGAGGCCAAAUCAAAACCAGAAUAUCAGAAAUAUUCCCAAUCCCAGUCUUCUGAAUCAAAACAGGAACUCCUUGAUAUCAGCCCAAAACAAUAAUAGUGUCGAAAAUGUUUCUAAACCAACGGUUAGUGUUUCCUCUAAUGCGAAUACUACAUCCGGGUCCACUACUCCAAAAGAACCAGCCACAAUUAUUAGUGCGGUGAAGAACAUUUUAGAAUCCAAAGUGCAAGAAAAAGCUGAAAUUUCUGUGUAACGGUCGGACAAGAUGCAGUUUGAAGUGGAUAAAAUUAAUGAGUGAACAAUUGAAGUGAAAGUCUUCAUAUGAAAAACUAUGGUCCAAAUUUCGGGUGUUUUGUAUAAUUAUUGUUCGUUGAAUUGGUUGUUUCUUGAUGGAAUGAUAUCCGUUUUGAUUUUUUUGGUUGGUGAAGACUGAGUAGGUACCUUCUGACAAUUCAUUGAUGUUCCCUACAAAACAUUACAAUGACAUCCGAGAAGAAAUAAAUUUGAUGC